AUGCUUUCACACUCCACUCGAAGACACCUUUUAUUCGGUUUCAUUCCGAAAGGAAAAUCAAGCCAGUACUUGAGAUGGAACAAUUUCAACAUUGCUAGCAACCAUCAUCACUUGAUUCAAUAUGUACCACAAGUCUUCGGAUUUCAUUCCUCAAUUUUUGCUCUUAAAAAAGAUAAACCAUCACCAUCAUCAUCAACGAACAAAACUCCAAAAGCACCCACAACAGCACCAACCUCUUCAUCUACUUCGGAAGAACCAUCGGCCGAGUUUGGAGAAUUUGAAUUAGGUGAGGCUAAAAAAGAAGUCAUUGAAGCCGUGUUCCGGUUGUUUUCAAAACACGGAGAUGUUUCCAGUGCUCAACUAUAUCUUCGGACUUGGUAUAAUGAAAUUAUUCCAAGAGAGAAGAAGUUGAAAUUACAGAGAACGAACUAUGAUGAAUUAAUCGAUUGUUUACUUUUUGGAUAUUACGGACAGAGUUGUAAACCAAGCGGAGAGGAGCAAAUUUUAAGCCAUCAAUUACUCACAAAAUCCUCAAAUAUUUUCAAAGAAUUAUUCUUGAAGGAUAUUCAAGACUCGGAUUUGAGAGAGAAUGCUCUUGUACAAUGUCCAAAAGGAGAGAACUCGCUCUUGCAAGAAAUUCGGGGUAGAAUGAAGAAAUUAGUACAAUCGGAGAUGGGCGAAAAGGUCUUGUCAGAGAAAUUUGGCAUCUCUGAUCGAACAGAUUUACUCCAAAGACUCGAAAGAUGUGAUUUUGUGACAUCGGUCUGUUUGGCCAUGAUGUACUAUCACGACGAAAAGAUGAGAGACUUUUCCAAGUCAGAGUCCUUCUUGCUUCGUGCCUUGACUUAUAAACCAGACGAUGAGAGAUGUCUGUUAAUGUUGGCCUCAUUGAGCGAAUUUACUGGUAAUGUCAAGAAUGCCGAACAAGCAUAUCUAUUACUCUCACGGUAUAAUCCAGAUGAUCCUGAUGUGUUGGGAGAUAUUGCUGUUUUUUACAGAAAUAUCAUGCGUGACCUCAUGAAAUCCAAGAAUUACUUUAAUAUGGCUCUCAAACUGAAACCAAAUCAUGUAAAUAAUUUGAGAAAUUAUGCCAUGUAUCUCUUUGAAGAGGAGUUAAAUGUGGAAGAAGCUCUUCAACUGUUAGAACAGGCCAUAGGAAUUGUACCAAAUGAUUACAUGACCAUGUCUAGUUAUGGUGUGGUAUUAAUGGUCGAUGCAAUGAAUAAGCCAUCAUCUCAAUCCAAUACUAUUUUCAAAAAGGCAAGAGAUGUUUUGAAGCGAUCGGUUCAACUGAAUCCAUUCCAGUCAUGCAAUAUUAUUAUGAAUUAUGCCAUCUCUGAACGUAUGUGUGGAAACAAAAUUGAUGCCAGGAAGGCCUUUGAUGUUGCUGUGAAAGCAUUUGAAGAGAACGAGUCCGAGACACCCAAUGAGUCUCAUGUAGAAUUGUUCAAUAAUUAUGGAUCCUUCUUAUUUGAAGAGGCACUCUAUGAAGACGCUAAGGAAAAGUUCCAUAAGGCUCUCACUCUAAAGACUGAUGCACCUGAAAUUCACACAAACCUUGCCUUGACGUAUAUCAAGUUGAAUAAUUUAGAUCAAGCAGAAAAACACUUUCGUAAAGCAACCAAAAAUGUGGCAGAUUUAGAUGAAAAAGAAGUUGCUGCUGCCAAGCAUGGUCUCUUUAACUAUGCAAAGUUUGCAUGGGAACAAACCAAAGACAUGGACAAGGCAAAAACAUUGUUUGCACAAAUGAUUACUAUUUGUGACAAAGAUGGAGGUGAAAGGAAUGAGGAUAACUCAGAGUACUAUAAAGAGUACAAGGAAUUCAUGAGAGCCAGUCCUUUAGGUAAUAAGAAAUAA